UGGGCGGCGCUCAGUCGUCGUCCCCCCCCAACUCCUCGUGUCCGCAGGACGAGGAAGGCGGAGCGCGGGGCUACUGGCAGGGCGUGCAGGUGCUGCAUGGCGGCGGGCACCGGGGCCCUCGGGCCCUUCCCCGCCGCCGCGCUGCACGAUUUCCCCUACCCCCCCCAAACCGCGGCCCCCGUCUCCAACGGCCCCCCGGCGGGGGGGGUUCCUCCGGCCGCCGAUUUGGUGCUGGGAGCCGCGGCCGGCUGCAUGGCCUGCGUGCUCACCAACCCGCUGGAGGUGGUUAAGACGCGGCUGCAGCUGCAGGGCGAGCUGCGGGCUCCCGGCACCUAUCCCCGGCCGUACCGCGGCGUGCUGCGGGCGGUGGGAGCCGUGUGCCGUGCCGACGGGCUGCGGGGGCUGCAGAAGGGGCUGGCGGCGGGGCUGCUGUACCAGGGGCUGAUGAACGGCGUCCGCUUCUAUUGCUACUCCUGCGCGCUGGACGCCGGCUGGACCGGGUGGCCCGGGGGCACCGUGGUGGCCGGGGCGGUGGCCGGGGCGGUGGGAGCCUUCGUGGGCAGCCCCGCGUACCUGGUCAAGACCCACCUCCAGGCCCAGACGCUGUCAGCCAUGGCCGUGGGCCACCAGCACAACCACGAGAGCAUCUCGGACGCCUUCGGGAGCAUCUACCGGCAGCACGGCGUGGCAGGGCUGUGGCGUGGGGUGUCGGGCGCGGUGCCACGCGUGGCGGUGGGCUCGGCUGCACAGCUCGCCACCUUCGCCUCUGCCAAGGACUGGGUCUGCCAGCACCAGUGGUUCGGGGACGGCAGCUGGGCAGCGGUGCUGGCGGGCGGCAUGGUGAGCGGCGUGGCCGUGGCGGUGACGAUGACGCCGUUUGACGUGGUCAGCACUCGGCUCUACAACCAGCCCGUGGAGGCUGACGGCACGGGCAAGCUGUACCGCGGCUUCCUGGACUGCUUUGUGCAAAUCUCCAGCAAGGAGGGGCUGCUGGGGCUCUACAAGGGCAUCGGCGCCGUCUACCUGCGCCUGGGCCCCCACACCGUGCUCAGCCUUUUCUUCUGGGAUGAGCUCAGGAGGAUGGUGAGGCCGCAGCCGCCCCCGGGGCCGUAGGACCCCACGGAUACAAAUAAAGGGAUGUAUUUUUUUUUGUUUUGCUGGA